UCCGCCCUGCCCGCCCUUCCAAGAUGGCGGCGGCGGCGGCGGAGGAGCUGGAGCCGGAGGCGGAGCCGGAGCGGCUCGCGGAGCUGCUGGAGGCCGGCUGGCGGCUGCUGGACGAGGUGGAGGGCGGCGCGGAGGCCUCCUCGGGCGCGGCCGCCGUCCAGCGCAAGGUGCAGCGCGGCAUCCGCCUCCUGGAGCGCGCCGAGCGUGCCGUCGCCGAGCUGCAGCUCUUCAGCCGCAACGAGGAGCUGGAGGAGCUCGCGUCCGCGGACCUGCGGUUCAUGCUGGUGCCCGCGCUGCUGGCGGCGCUCGUCCUGAGGCAGGGCGGCCCCAAGCAGCGGCUGGAGCACCUGCUCAGGGCCCGCGCCUCCUUCGUGAAGUUCCUGGGCGUCUGCAAGGACUACGCGCUCGGCCAGUGUGAGCUCCCCCCGCAGCCCGACAGCCCGGAGGAGGGCGAGGCUGCCGGCCACUCGAGGAGGCUCGCCGCCGCCUCUGAUCAGGCGGCGCUGCUCGCCAUGGCAGCAAAGAGGCAGGCGAAAAUCGGAAGGUCGGUAGCAGGCUGCCAUCGUUGCGCUCCCGGGCCUCAGAGCAGAUACAAACAGAAAAAGGAAGUGGAGAAACAGCUGGCUUCCUUGAAGCCCUCCAUUGAUAGUGGCCAAGCAGAGGAGGAGCAACUACGGGAAUUCUACAUACUGCAAAUCAAGAAGUGGAUCACCAUAAGCUUGGAAGAAAUCGAAAGCAUUGAUCAAGAGAUAAUGAUUCUCAGUCAGCGGGAGGCUCUCAAGCAGGAUUCACCUCUGCAGCCUCCCCAUCCAUCCAGGCCUCCAGUGAAGCCUUUCAUCCUUACCCGGGACACCGCCCAGGCAAAGGUGUUUGGUGCUGGCUACCCCAGCCUGGCCACCAUGACGGUGAACGACUGGUAUGAACAGCACCGGAAGCGAGGCGUCCUGCCUGAUCAGGGUGUCUCUCAAAAAGCCUCGGCAGGUACAGAAGAGCAGCAGGCAAAACAGGAAGAAAAGAAAGAGCAGGAGGAAGAUGAUGAUGAAGCAGUGUGGAAAGCACGGGAAUGGGAUGAAUGGAAGGACUUGCACCCACGGGGUUACGGCAACCGGAAGAACAUGGGCUGAUGAGCGCCCAGGAACGACCCUGUCGGCCUCACCCAGCAGACUAUGGGGAAGCGGGGUGUGCGGUGGGCUUCCCCCUCAAAGGGUGUGGGUGAAUGAGGCACAGUUUAUUGCUAGGAGUUGCGUCAAAUGCCAGGCGUGGCUCUUGUGGGUCAGGAUGCUGAUGCUGCAGGAGCUUCAUCCCAUGGAAGCCUUACGAGCUGAGGGAUGGGGGUGGAUCGCCUGGCCUCUGUCUUUCCUGAAGUCCCACUUGAUGAGUUGGAUGAGGAAGUGCUUUUGGCUGCUUUAACUUAUUUCUUAUUUAAAAGUGUACAAUAAAACACUGGUCCCUCCA